AUGUCGGCAGCCGGUGACGGGACGGCCGCGAAGCCGCAGCGCGGCGCGUUCAUUGUCCUCGAGGGCCUGGACCGCAGCGGCAAGACGACGCAGGUGAAGCUGCUCGAGCAAAAGUUUGCAGAACAGGGGCGGCCGGUCAAGCUGAUGCGUUUUCCGGAUCGCACAACGCAGAUUGGAAAAAUGAUUGACUCGUACCUCAAGAGCGCCGUGCGCAUGGACGACCAUGCCAUCCAUCUGCUCUUUAGCGCCAACCGCUGGGAGGCCGCCGAGGGAAUCAACGCCGUCCUCGAAUCCGGCACCACCAUUGUCUGCGACCGCUACGCGCAUUCGGGCAUGGUCUACUCGGCCGCCAAGGGUAGCCCCGCGCUGCGUCUGCCGUGGGCGCGCGCGCCCGACGUCGGCCUCCCGCGGCCGGACCGCGUCGUGUUCCUGGACCUCGACGAGGAGACGGCGCGGGCGCGCGGCGGCUGGGGCGACGAGGUGUACGAAAAGGCCGAGAUGCAGCGGCAGGUGAGGCGGCUGUUUGGCGCGCUGGGGAGGGGAGGCAGGGAUGAGGAUGGAGGGCUGGUGGAGGGUGUCACGGGCGAGGAGGGGUGGCUGGAGGAGGAAAAGGGGGAUCUGAGGAUGGUGGAUGCGAGGGGAACCGUGGAGGAGGUGGCAGAGAGGGUGUGGGCGGUGGUAGACGGGGUGCAGGGCGUGAGGAGGGUGCUGUCGUGA